ACACAAAAAGCGCGCGUGCGCAACAAACAAAACACCAAAAAACAAGAGUUAGAAGGAGAGAAAUAGAAGAAAAAUCACUCGCUGAAUACGAAAAACAUAAGCGAGAACUCUCAAGAUGGCGGCCGUGGAAGUGAGGAAUGGCUAUAAGUACUAUGGCUCCAAAUCGAACCCCAAGAUUGUGCUCAAUCAACUGAAUAUGAACGUGAUGCGUGGCUCCAUCUACGGGUUGCUAGGUGCCUCGGGCUGUGGCAAGACCACACUUCUCUCCUGCCUUGUUGGCCAGCGGCGUCUCAAUGGCGGCGAGAUAAACGUGUUGGGCGUAAAGCCGGGCUCUCCUGGCAGCGGCGUCCCCGGCUCUCGUGUGGGCUUCAUGCCCCAGGAGAUCGCUUUGGUCGCGGAGAUGACCGUCAAGGAAACGAUCUUUUACUUUGGUCGGAUAUACGGCCUGACGGAUGAGCGGAUUCGUGAGAAAUUCAAGCUCUUAAAGGAGUUGCUGCAGCUCCCGCCAGCCCGACAAAUGAUCAAACAAUGCAGUGGGGGACAACAGAGGCGUUUGUCCUUUGCCUGCGCCAUGAUCCACGACCCGGAGCUCCUCAUUUUAGAUGAGCCCACAGUGGGCUUGGAUCCCAUGUUGCGUGAGAAAAUCUGGGAUUUUCUUGUGGAGACAACCAGAAAUAGCAAAUUGGCUGUGAUCAUAACCACACAUUACAUAGAAGAGGCCAAGCAGGCAAAUUGUAUUGGCCUCAUGCGCAAUGGCGUUCUCUUGGCGGAGGACACACCCACAAAUAUCAUGAUUCAAUUCGGCACACAGUCCAUUGAAGACGCCUUUCUUAUACUAAGCCAACGGCAGGGCAAUGAGGAUGAGUUGGCCCAAAUAAUGGACCACAAUAAGAAUCAGCAGCAGGCCCUGCCAACAGCUGUGCUACCCACAGAAGUGAUAGAUACCCAUGAUCCUGGCCUGAGCCUGGAGAAGCCGCCCAUUCCCUACGACGAGCCGGUGAAUGAGAAUCGAAAGAAGGUGUUUUUCACGACCAAAGGACGGCUCAAGGCUUUGAUGACCAAGAAUUUCGUGCAGCUUUUCCGACAGCCAUCGGGCAUCAUUUUCAUGCUUUUGUUUCCCAUCAUCCAAUUGUCUUGCUUUUAUUUGGCCAUCGGCAAAACCCCAAAGAAUCUCGAAUUGGGGAUAUACUCGGGCGAGGUCAAAAGCUAUUCGGAGUGCUUCGACGACAGUCUGGUCACCGUUUACGAUUCGAACGACACGUGCAAGUUCCACAAGCUCUCCUGUCGGUUCAUCCGAGAGUUGGGCGACGAUGUGGCCACGAGGAAGUACUAUACCAGCGAAUCGGAUGCCUUGAGGGAUGCCAAAAAGAUUCUCACCGUGGGCUACAUUCAUUUCUUCCACAACUUUAGUGAAUCGAUAUCAUCGGUCCUCGAAGACGGACGCCAUGCCAGCGAUGGGGCUGUGGACCAUGCGGAACUGAGUGUUCACAUCGAUAUGACAGAUCAACAAGUGGCAUAUUUUAUUCAACGCAAACUCCGUGAUAAAUUCGCUUCGUUCAUGAGUAGCGUGGUCAAGGACUGUAAUGCCUCGGCCGCUCUGGUGCAAUUGCCCGUUCAGUUCCAGGAACCCAUUUACGGCACUGCAGACAUUGAGUUCCAGCAGUAUUGUGCCCCCGGUGUUGUAAUGACCAUGGUCUUCUUUUUGGCCACUUUGAUGACGGCUGCUGUUUUCAUAUCCGAGCGCAUGGAUGGUAUCUGGGAUCGCACUCUGUUGGCUGGUGUUUCGGCCACUGAAAUGCUGUGGGCCCAUCUUCUGACCCAACUGAUAAUCAUGGCCCUGCAAUCGUUUGAGGUUAUCAUGUACAUUGGCAUUGUUUUCGAUACCUACAACAAUGGAGAUACAACGACACUGAUUGGACUGCUCACACUGACGGCAUUCUGUGGCAUGUUGUUUGGCCUCUUCAUCUCCGUAUUUUGCAAAUCCCAUACGGAGGCCAAUUUUGUGGCCACUGGGGCCUUCUAUCCCAUGAUUAUACUUUGCGGCCUAUUGUGGCCCCUGGAGAGCAUGCCACAGUUUCUGCAGGAUCUGGUGAUGGUAUUACCCUUUACCAUACCCUCCAUAUCUGCACGAAAUGUCAUCGAAAAGGGCUGGUCCAUCACCAAUGCCAAGGUCUACAAUGGUUUCCUUGUGAUGGCCGGCUGGACGAUCAUCUUCUUCGUCCUCUGCCUCAUUGGCAUCAGGCGCAAGGCGUAGGGCGUAGGGCGUUGGGCGUUUCUUUUUGGGUUUUAAUAUACACAAUUUAUUCAGGGGGGCCCUUCACUUUAGAUCGUAUUGUAUUAGCAUUUCUUCAUAGGCGAUUUUACACACACACACCACUCACACCACACACACACAAACACACACAUAUCGUAUCGUUGUAGUAUCUAUGUAAUUUAAUAAUUAUCGGAAGCAUAUCACUCGCAUAUCAUAUGUUGUAGACCUCUCAUCAAAAAAAAAAAACAAAAAACAAAACAAAACAGAAGAAAACUUUCAUACCAACGAAAUGCAACGCUUUUAUUGUGCUAAAAGUGUGUUAGAAUGUACUAAAAAAAAACA